AUGUCAGACACCUCCCUGGAGGGUAUUCGUCCCACCUACAUCUACAAGGUGGUUCUGCUGGGGAACACAUCAGUGGGAAAGUCAAGCCUGGCCUACCGAUACGUGAAAAAUGACUUCAAGGAGUCGCUGCCAACUGUGGGAUGCUCCUUCUUCACACAGAUGCUCAACCUGGAGGUAGCCACUGUCAAGUUUGAGAUCUGGGACACAGCAGGCCAGGAGAAGUACCAAAGCGUCUGCCACCUCUAUUACCGGGGCGCCCACGCUGCUCUCCUCGUUUACGACAUCACUAACAAGGAAACACUCAACAGAGCAAAGCUGUGGCUGAGGGACCUGGAGAAGGAAUUCCUUCCCGAUGAAAUAGUCAUCGCUUUGGUGGGCAACAAGAUGGACCUUGCUGCUGAGCGAGAAGUUGCCACCGAGGAGGGGGAAGAGUUUGCAAGGACCAAAGGCCUCUUGUUCAUGGAGACAUCUGCAAAAUCCAACCACCAAGUAAAUGAUAUCUUUAUGGCCAUAGCCCAAGAGCUCCUGCAGCGGGAACAACAGAAGGUGUCUGCCUCAUCCCUGCACGGGAGGUCAACAGUCAACCUGGAGGAGAGCAGGGCAAGGAUGGGAUGCUGCCAGCUCUGA